GUCACUGCUAAAAUCAGAGCAGAUAGAGCCUGCGCAAUGGAAUAAAGUCCUCAAUAUUGAAAUGUGACAUUGCUCUCAACAUCUCACAUCUCUCUGGAUUUCUUUUUUCUCAUUAUUUCUGCUAACAAAUUCAUUUCCAGACUUUGCACUUUUAAGAAGCAAUGGAAAAAAUCAACAGUCUUUCAACACAAUUAUUAAAGUGCUGCUUUUGUGAUUUCUUGAAGGUGAAGAUGCACACUGUGUCCUACAUUCAUCUCUUCUACCUUGGCCUGUGUUUGCUUACCUUAACCAAUUCUGCCACUGCUGGCCCAGAGACACUCUGUGGUGCUGAGCUGGUUGAUGCUCUCCAGUUCGUAUGUGGAGACAGAGGCUUUUAUUUCAGUAAGCCAACAGGGUAUGGAUCCAGCAGUAGACGUUUACACCACAAGGGAAUAGUGGAUGAAUGCUGCUUCCAGAGCUGUGACCUGAGGAGGCUGGAAAUGUACUGCGCUCCUAUCAAGCCACCCAAAUCUGCACGCUCUGUACGUGCUCAGCGCCACACUGAUAUGCCAAAAGCACAAAGGGAAGUGCAUUUGAAGAAUACAAGUAGAGGGAACACAGGAAACAGGAACUACAGAAUGUAAGAAAAUGCCAUCCACAAGAAUGAAGAAUGAAUGUGCCAUCUGCAGGACACUUCACUGUAAAUAAAUUAUUUGUUAAACAUUGGAAGACUUAAAAACUAUAGUUUAUAAGCUUGAUGAAAUCUCAACCAAUGGGCAUUCUCCCAAUAAACAAUGCAAGUAAACAUUCCAACAUCAAGUCUUUAGAGAGCAGAAUGUUAUAAACCAACCCAGUGCUAAAAAUGUUCUGAGGUUGGUACAAUGCUGCUUGAUUAUUAACCUGUUAUAAAUGUCCUGCACAAAAACUCUUAAAAUCCUGUGCCCCUCAAAAGCCUGCAAAUUUAUGGGCCUUUGAUGGAUCCAAUUGCACUAAAUUAACCUAUGAACCCUGGCCGCUGGAGUCAUUCAUCAGCCUUGGCUUAGAGUUGGGGUUUUGUUUUGUUUGGUCUUUUUUUUUUUUUUUUUUUUUUUGCACUUCUAUACAAGAACAGGCUGUUUGUUUUACAGUGUCUGAUAACUUUGUUUGUCUACCCCUUUCAUAUUUGCACAGUCUGAUAUUCCCAGUAGCAGCAGCAGUAAAGUAACACAACUUUUAGACAUCCAUUUAUUCCAUCUGUGGUAUUUUGACAGCAUAUGGGUUAAACACAUUUAAGACAAAGCUUUAUUUUUCCACAUCUUGCUAAGAUGCAAAUAGUUGCAACUUGUGAGGCAAAUGAUUGUUAGAAGCAGUUAAAGCAUAUGUAGGCUAUUAGACCACCAAUGAUUGUUUCAGGUAACAAAUUGUUUUGCAACAGUAUAAAUAACUUUUUUUUUCUUCCAUAUAAUGCAGUAUGUAAAAUUUAGCAUAUCAAUAAUACACAUAUAUCAAACAGUAUGUAAAAUUCUCUUUUAUAGUACAAUGGUGCUAUUUUAUAAUCUGUUAUAUGAAAGGGUCCGGCCAAAACCGUAAAAGGUAAAAAGCAAAAUAGAAAACUAAGCCAAAGAUGAAAUAAAAGAAAGUAGGUUAAAAAAACACACAAGUAUAUUUUUUUUAAAAGACUCAGUGCUUUAGAUUCUUAUUUCAAAAUUGUUUCUCACCUUCAAAAGAAAAUAAAGAUGUGAAGUUCCAGUAGUUUCCUUUUUGAGAUUUGGAUUCUAGUAUUUAUAGUAACACAUGAAUACAGUUACAGUAACUCUGAACACAGACAUAUACACAUAGGUUCACUGAAGUAAAUAAAAAAACGUCAACAGUCUUCAGUGCAUAGGAUCAGGCCCUAAAUCCUUAAGAAACAUUAGUAUUCUGCUCUUAUAACAGGGCGUUAAUUAUACUCUUUUAUUUCUUCCCACAUCUCUACGUGACUAAACCGAGUGUUAAUUAUACUGCAGCAUCCCUCUGUAAAUCAGAAAAGCUCUUUAGGCAGAGCAGUUCUUUAGACUGUAACUUUGUACCUUUUAUACACUCAGAUACGUUGGUGAUGGAGGAAUAAGAUUAUAUGUUUCUAAUCGGUGCCAUUUCACAGAACCUUGAUAUGUGACGCUCUGAUUCAAGGUUAAAACAGCUCUGUAAUAAAGGGUGAUAUGGAACCAACACUGUUGCAGAGGGAUCACCAGAAUAACCUACUAUGGGGAGGAGCACACACAACGCUACACCCCUUCAGGGUGUGCAACAUAGUUCUACUCUGCAUCUGGACAGCUCGGCACUCUCCAUCCCAUAGUAAAUUUUAAAGUGUUAAAUUUAAAUGACUAAAUUUCAGGAAAUACCCUAACCUUCUAAAAUUUGAUACAAAAUAAGACUUUCAAUUACUACAUAGAAUUUCACUGAAGUUUAAAAGAAAAGAGAGAGUUAAACCUGACUGUUGACUAACAAGCAGUGCAAAAAGGGCUCAGUCUUUCACAUACUGAAGUCAAUAUGGUUUUUGCUAUUUACUUCAAUGGCAGCAAGAUUUGAGCCCACAUUCAAUCGUAAUUAGCACUAACUAACCAUUUUGAAAGGAUAGCAGAAAUAAAUGCUCUGCACGGCUGUAAAAUUGCACAUAUAGAGUGAAAUUCACACCUGUGAGGAGGGUCUGAACAAGGCUUAUUAUUAUUAUUUGCAUUAUGGCAUAAAUAGGAACCACCAUCAGAGAACACAGUUAUAUCGUACGGCACUAGCUCACAAAUGUAAUAAAAAAGACAGUCGCUGCCCAAAAGAACAUGCAGCCUAGAUGUGUCUGUAAGGCUUGUGGUCCAUAGGCCUUGUAUAGGCCUUAGGCAGGAGUGAAUUUCAUCCAUAAGCAGUAGCCAUUGUCAGAUUGCCCCUUCUGUUGAUGGUUGGUAUGUACGAAUGAAUGCAUGAAGCCUCUGCUAUGCCAAUACAAUGGCUCAAUGACCCUCAGUUUCAACAAGCAAGUGCAUUACAACUCAAGUUCAGAAAAGAAUAUGUAGCAAUUUGCUUUACCUUUUACCGAUUUGGCCAACAAUGCCGAAGUGGUGCUAUUGUUUUGUUUAAGAAAGUACUUGACUAAAAUAUAAAAGAAAGCAUAUAAAUAUUUUUUUAAAGUAUGAAAAUGACAAUUAUAUAGAUAAGCUUAUUGAAAUAGAAAUGUCUAGCCAUAACUUUUCAAUUUUUUAAUCACAAAAAAGUCAUGAAGAAAUCUGCUAAAUUAUUGGGAUUGGGCCAGGGUAAGGGCUUUCAAACACAAUACAAUUAUCAACAUUUUAUUCCAAGUGGGUAUUACAGAUGAAGGAAAGCAUUUAAAGUCAUGAAACCAUGAGUCUGAUUCAAAGCUCACUGAAGUAAAUGGAAGGUCCCAUAUCAUUGAAAUCAGUGGUGGAUUCUGCUUAUAGUCAGUGUGACAUGAUAUAGUCCAGGUUCUAAUUCAGGGGAAUGAUUAACACUCCCUAUUUCUCCUGCCUAGCCCUCCAUCCUCCACUAUUAGCCCCAAGCAAUACAAUAAGGUUUUUGCUUGUACAGAAAGUAAUACAAAGCAAUGUCUCUGAUCAUGGUGGGAAAUGAAGAAAAAUCAUUGCCAAUGAAAAACAGGUUAUCUUCUAAUACUGAGCAAUUCUGAGUUGUGAGAAAGAGUUGAAAAAUAUGGCUAAUAGUCUGUGAAUUUUUUUUUAACUUUAUAUGGUCACUAUGGACAACUUAAUGUGCAAAAAAUGACAGUUCAUUGUUUUAUUAUUUUUUGAAUGAGAGUUAGUAAGUUAAACCCAAAUAGAGAUCCUCUGAACCUAUAGGCUAGAAUACUUAUGUUCUGAUGAAGUUAUAAUCCGUCUAUUUAAAAUUAUUUUAAAGUUAUUUUUAGUCUUAAAAGGAAUUGUGAUAAUUUAUUAGGGACUCAACCUAUACAGCUGGUUACUCUUUUAGGAACACUUCUUCAAUUCAAACAAAUGUUCAAGAUGCCGAAGUUUCACUCAAACAGACUUUUCUAUUGUUAUUUUUUCAAAUGGCAAAUCUAGCUAAAAUGCCUUUGCAUCACUGUUUUGUUUUUUUAAAGGAUUUUUUUCACAAAUUGACAAAAUAUCUAAAUCUGCCUUGGCAAGACUCCUCAUAAAUUAUCCAUUUUACCUGUGGAAAUACCAUAAAGUAAAGCAAAUGGAUCAAAGUUCUGUCUUGAAAGAGAAAAAAAUCAUAAAUGCAAUUUUUUGUUCAUUUUAAUCCUACACUACACGUUUUGCUUGUCACAGCAUUGUAAUAUUUUACAGGACGAUCAUUGUCCAACACAAUAUCUGAUAUAUACACAUCUUUUGUUUGAUUUUUACAUGAAGGAGGUUAUAAUAUCUGAAACUUGAUUACAUAUAGUACAGUAUAGAUACCAGUCUGACAGAUACAAAAGCAAGGACCUCCCUGAUGCUUACAUUACAUUAGGAAGUCUCAUACUGGUUGCAUAAAGGGUGUAUAUUGUGCUUUUUUAAAAAAAUCUGCAAUGAAAUUUGACCUACAAUAUAUUAAAUUUUUCUUCUCUGCUUCUUACAAAUUUUUCUCAUGAAUUUCUUCCAACUUCAGGACAAGAUUUUAAAAUAUGAGUGGCUAAAGAUAGAUCUAACAUCCAUAUUUAGGCCUCUAAAUAGAUGGCCAGCUUUGUAAAACUUACAGACCCUAUUGAAAAUUCAGGAAAACCUAUUUUGGUGCCUAAGUAUGGAUUUAAGACCCUAACUUUAGGCACCCAGUUUAGAAAAUAUUGGCCUAAGUGUUUUCUUUCAUUUCAUCCUUCAUUACAUACCAUUUGUACAAAAAUUGUUAAAGUCUCCUUCUUGACAUAGGAACAAAGGGUGUUAUAAAAUGGGGAGAGUUUGGAUCUCAGUCAUUUAUUGUCAUCUGAAUUAAGCUUUAUAAAUGGACUUAAUACUUCUCUAAGACUUCAUACCUUCCAGUCACACAGACAAAUAUUCAAAAAGUGGAAAGGACUUUUUUUUUUUUUUUACCAAUUUCUAAUCUAUGGCUCAUACAUUUCAUGAUAAUCACAUUUCAUGAUAAUCACUAAUGAUACUUUCGCUGCUACCAACUCUUUCCCGGAAGCAUACACAAAACAUACUUGUAAAAAUCUGCAUCUAUGUAAAACCUCUACAUAGUAUUUGAUUGAAAGCUUUUUCUAACAAAUACACAGCAUCAAUCCAGUUAGGAAAGAGAUUCACGUGGUUUCACGCUUUGCUUUGGUUAAGAAUAGUUGAUAAAAUACAAUAAGACUCAGUGUCUUUUAUUCUGAUUCAAUAAUACAAUCUCAUUACCUUCCUGCCCCUCAAUCAGAACAAAACAAAUGCAGAAUUAAAAGAACUUCUAUAUUGGUAACACUUUAAAUUAAUGUCAUGCUUAUAUACUCUUGAAUUAAAGCAAAAUUGUAUCCAGAAAACUAUAAUUAGAGCUGAUUUGUUGUAUCAAAUUUAUAUUUGAAAAUGGGAUAUUAUCCUGAUGAGUUUUAAAUGUAAAUAACUGUUCCAUUACCUUUAAUUUAUUAAGCACACUUUGCUAUUAUAGGAUAUAAUUCCACUUUGUGCAAAGGCCCAGUAUUGGGGCCCACACAUCACUUAAGAACUUUUUUGUGGAUUUAAGUGGCGCUGUAAACCUCAUGCUGGCUAAGUACACGGGGUGAAUUUUAUCCUUAAUGAUUUGGUACUUUCCUGUAAUAAAUUAAUCCUUCAGAUUAACAUAGAUAUAAGUAUUCCACAUGAAUUAUGUUUUAAUUGAGCAUUAUUUCCACUAAGUGAGGAGCUUGCAUAAAAUAGAAAUAUGCAAGCUACCUAAUAUCACUCAAUGAAUGAAAACAAUGUAUACUUUGAUUUAUGAAGAACUUGUACAAUUGAAAUAUAUAGGAAUGCAGCAAACGAUCCAAUAAUGAUUGUGAUGCAUUUAUAAUAAAUCACAAUGGUUAUCUGAUUUAACUCGAUGUAAUCAAACGAGUUAUAAAGUGGCCUGUUGGUAUAUAUCAGCAUUCUGAAUGUGCUUUCACUGACACAGGAUUCAUUGGCUGUCAAAUAGACUAUGUUGCUUUCAUCAUAAUGUGGUGUUUCUGUUUUACAUAGUCCUAGUAGUCUUUGGGGUUGUGCAUUAAACACACUGUUAGCAUAAAGCCUCAUGAUUUUACGAAACAAAGUUAAAUUAUGAAAGCAGCAUCACUAGCCAUCUUGCUAUUGCUAUUCAAAUCAUAUGCACUCUUUCUGUCUCUCUAGCUGUCUGUAAGACCACCCAGAAGUGCUAAAUGCUGAAUAGCACUUAGUUCUAAGGAGGUCAUUUUUUCCCACAGUGAAAUAUUAACUGACCUGUCUUUAUUCAUUGUUAGACUUUAAUUGAUAUCCUGAAUAAGCCUGGGUUUACAUGAUGCAGGCAUGAAUGUGGACACUUGAAUUUCUGAUUAUCACUACUGAAUAAUACUAGUUUUAACAGUGCAAAUCAUUAUAACCCAACAGUGACGAGUGUUAUAUGUUCACUUUCAACCCAGUAAACUUCCUACUAAACCUCUAACUGGAUUCAUUCUUUUUUAUUAUCCUGUGCUUACACACAAUGUGAUGUCACUACUUGAUGACAAGUAAUAUUUCAUACUGUGUAUGUAACAUCAUUGUGUUGCAGAACCCCCCAAAUACCUCAACAAUGUCAUUUGUUGCACUAUUCUCCCCAUUUAGCACUGAUAGGCUUUCUAGUAACAAACAUCAAGGCCAAGGAAAGGAGCUUUUAAUAUGUACAAAUAUAAAAGCUAAUCAAGGAUUCUUGCUAGUUUGCAGUUCAUGUAAUGCCAUUUUAGCCAUUUUCUUCCCCUCUCUCUACAAACUGUCUAAAUCAGUAAACAUUGUUCCAUAAAUGAUAGUGUAUCCAUGCUUCUAAAGGCUUUUAUAUGCAUUCUGGUAGGUCCAAAGGUUGAAAGAGCUAACUCACUGAUUUUCACUUUUAUCUACUUUGAUUUCAGUAAAGGGCUCUGUCAUUCUGUAUACAUAAAGUCUAAUGCACCCUUUGGUUUGUAGAAUGUACUGAAAUAUUUGCAACCCUCUUGGUAUCAGGUCCAAAAUGUGAAGCAUUACUGUAAGAGGGUAUCUUUCUAAUGUAUUUGUAUGUAUAGUUUACACCUCUGUGAGGUCUAAUAAAGGA